CGAGCUCAUUCCUAGGAAUCCCUCAGCAAACUAUUCUCUUACCCUUAUUCCGUUUUCUUCUCCUCUAUCCUUUUCAUGAUGAACUCACACAAGCAACUGUUUUACCACUUGCGCCUUUUCCUACCAUUUCUUCUUCUCUCGGGACAAAUAAUGGGGAUACAAGCUGAUACUACAAAUAAAUUGUUCGUUUUUGGAGACUCCUUUGUUGAUGGGGGCAACACACCCAAAGAUGGAUCUAUCGGUAGAGUUAUAUCUAGUUACAGUGGUAGCGCUCUCGCUCCCGCUGUCCCUCUCUCUGAUGCUUGGAAAGAGCCUUACGGCAAGACCUUUCCCGGAGAACCCGCUGGAAGGUUUUCGGACGGUAGAGUUCUUUCUAACUAUAUCGCUAUGCAUUUGGGACUGCCAUCACCGCCAGUACCUUACGAAUCUAGGAAUGAUGUACCAUCAGACGAUUUGAAGAAUGGGAUAAACUUUGCUUAUGGUGGCACAGGAUUGAAUGAUACAAUCGUUCCACUCCCAAAUAUGACUGUGCAGAUCAAUUUCUUUGAGAAGCUCGUAGAAGAAAAUGUGUACAAUGUCAUAGAUCUCAGCAAUUCUAUGGCUAUGCUCUCCUCUUUUGGAAAUGACUACCUUUAUUUCUUGAGUACAGGGGGCACAGUCUGGAAUGUCAGGCCUUUCACCAGGAAGUUGGUUGAUCAAAUGACCACCAAUUUGAUUCGCGUCCAAAGGUUAGGAGUGAAGAAAAUUGCAGUGACUAGUGUACCACCCUUUGGUUGUAUACCUGUAUUGUCAGCGCAACUCCCUUAUAGUUGCUUAUUUGACCUCAUUUUUAACCCUGUCUCUACUUUCCACAACAACUUGUUGAAGGAAGCUGUUACCACACUGAACCAAGUAACCACCGAUGGCACCACCUUCUUAUUUCUUGACCUUUAUGAAAGUUUCUUGUCAGUUAUCAGCAAUCCAUCUGCUAAUAACAUCACAAAUGUUAACUCGGGUUGCUGCGUCGGGGUAAGUAAGGAUUAUUCUUGUGGAAAUGUGGAUGAGAACAAUGAGCCGAAAUAUACGGUUUGUGAAAAUCCAGAAUCAACUCUGUUUUGGGAUUCGGUUCAUCCAUCGCAUGUAGGUUGGCAAGCAGUGUAUAACAACUUGGAGAAAGGGGAGCUUGGUCGUGGUCGCCUUCAAUUCUAGAGAGCUAUGCAUCUUGUUAGAAGUAAAUAAUAAGUGAAUGAGUAAAAUACACUCACCCCCCUCAAGAUUUGCAAGAAUGACACUCCACCCCAUUCUUUUUAAAAAUCUACACUCCACCCCAUUUUUUAUAAAGGCAAAAUUUAGUGACGAAAACAAAUUCGUCACUACUAAAAACUAAUUACUAAUUAGUAAAAUUUUAAAUAAAUUUAAUGCAUAUACACUAUCAUACAUUAAUUUAUGAAAAUAAUUUUACUGAAUUAAAUUUAAAAAAACAUCCACUCUGUCUGUUAAGUCCACGUCCCAUCUAUCUCCAAAUCAUAUUUCUCAUCACAAACGGUCACCACCAAGCCUUUACUCCCUUUAACACGGCUCCACUGUCCCACAAUGUGAAACCCCACGGCACCACCAUGCCUCAAAGUUUUGUUGCAACCUGAACCCCAGAACGUGAAUCGCACAUCCCUAAAGCCACUUGUUCAACUACUUCUUGUGAAUUUCACCCCUUUAAGUUGUGAGCGAACGCUCUGUUGGUCUAAGAUAUUGUUGGAUUUUGUUAAAAACGAUGCUCCACCGCCUCGUUGGGCUCUAAUAACCUCAUAUCCACUUCAUAUUUUCAUAAUUUUGUUUCUCUAUUUUCUUCACCCAUUUGUGUUGCUUUUUUGGCCUACAACCCAAUUUUGAAAAUUGGAGGUAUAAAGAGAUUAUUUUGAUUAAAAUUGAAUUAUUACCAAAUAUGAAAAUACAAGCAUGUUUCACUAUGUUCGAGAUAUGGUUUGUAAAUUGGGCAGGUGUGCUAUUGCAUAAUUUUCAUUGUGAAUUUACGGAGGAAAAAUGCGAUUGAGAGAAUGAGGAGGAUUGUGAUGUUUUCAUUUUUAAAUUUAUUGGAUUAUAUUGAAAUUUUUUUUUGAAAUUAUUGAUUAACAAUUUAAAUAAUAACUAAUUAUUAAUGAAGAAUAUUUUUCGUCACUAAAUUUUCCUCUAUAUAAAAUGGGGUGGGAUGUAGAUUUUAGAUAAGAAUGAGGUGGAGUGUAAUUCUAACAAACCUUAAGGGGGGUGAGUGUACUUUACUCUAAGUGAAUAAAUCCAUGGUUGUGUGAGUUAUUAAGUUGAAGUAGUAUUGAUAGUCCAGCUACUAUUGGGCCAUCUCUCCCCUUUUGUGAGGACGCCACUAGGCCUAGAAGGGAACCCAAAAGGCCCACUAAGUAUCAGGAUUAUUUUCUUAUCUAAGUCCAUUAUGAUUUAGGUACUUUAUUGUUUUUGAAUGGUCCAUUGUUAGAGAUCUUUUGUUAAGAUCUUUGAUAUUGGCUGUUUUGCUUUGGCUUGUAUCUGUUUCUUGCCUCCCUGUUAUAUCUGUGUAAUGAGACUUUGUCUCCUUCUUUUUCAAAUUAAUGAAUUUCUGUUUGUUCAAAAAAAAAAAAGGCUCUCCAAUUUCCCUUCAUCCACAAACAUUGUAACCCAAUGGUGCAGAAGAAAAAUUCAAAGGUUCUAUACUCCAUUACCUUUCAUCCUAUCAACCCCACCCUGACUUUAAUUCAUGAACUUAGAGUUCUAUUUGAGAUCUAUUGUAAAUUGCAUUGAACCUUUAGAUCAUGUAAAUUUUUACACAGCUACAUCAUCACACUGCAUACAUUUUCAGAGAUAAUGGCUGAAUAAAUCAAAUAAAAAAUGAGAAGGGCAAGAGAACUCUUAUCAAUAUGUUUCCAUGGAAACUUCUUUGUUCUUUUCCCCUUGCAAAUUCUAUAUCAUGAUCACCUUUGAUCCAUAGGUCCCUCAGAUAAGUGCUUACACUUUUAGGCUUUUAUGAAUUCAUCAUCAAUUUAUCUCCAAAAACAUAUAUAAUCCACUCCGGAGGUUUCUUUGGGUUCUUCGGAUUCAAUCAAAUCUUCUUUCUUCUCACCCAUUGUCAUGUUGCUUUAUAUUUCAAGGCAAUCUAUAAGCUCUUCUUUAGAGGAUUCUUCCUCUUCCUCCUCAAAGGCUUGAGGGGAAAUUUUUCUUCAAAUAAAUCAUAAUCCUCAUUCUCUUCAAUUUGUGACUCCUCAUGUUGCUCCUUGAGAUCACUUUCAUGAACAAUGGAUAAUUUUUCUUCCUUCAUUAUUGGGGAAUACUCCUCAUUUUGUUCGGUUUCCCCGAAAGGCAUUAUUACACCUCCAUUUUGUAGCAAGUUUCUUUAUGGGUCGUUGUUCUUGUAACUCAACACGCACUUUUACGUCAAUUUUAACCUGUAAUUUUCUUUCUAAUUUCUCUUGGACAAUUCUAUCU